AUGUUCCCCACGUUGCCAAUUUUUCUUUCUAUUCUCGUUCUUUUUAAUCUUGGUGAAUCUGCAUUCGUGGUUUCGGUCGACCCGAACGCCAUCGUACAUACGGCUGAAUGCGAGGCGAAUUGCCCGAAAACCGCCUACCACUGCAACUAUUGCUGCAACGCGUGCUGUCGACAACAGAAACAUCAUCCACUUGGUGGCUCGUGUAUUGCAUCUCAGUGCUACUGUGUUCGAAGCAGUGAUCAGAGU